AUGGUUCAUCUCGAUGCUGUUAAGAAGGACAAUGAGGUUGUCACCCCUGCUUCCCGUGGAUUGGAGGCCGUCUCUGCCGCGGAUAUAAAUGACUUCUACACCAAUGUCUAUGGCAGUCACUUUGCCGUAGACCACAUGAGCCAUCAUGAAAUGCCAGAGCGAGAAAUGCCCCGGCAAAUCGCCGCCCGGAUGAUCAAAGAUGAGCUAAGUCUAGAUGGCAAUCCCAAACUCAAUCUCGCCAGUUUUGUCACGACCUACAUGGAAGAAGAGAUCGAGCAGAUCAUGACCGACUCGUUCAGCAAGAACUUCAUUGAUUACGAAGAAUACCCCCACACCGCCGAGAUCCAGAACCGUUGUGUCAACAUGAUUGCUCGCCUUUUCAACUGCCCCACUGAAGCCUCCGGCGAGAAUGCCAUGGGCACCUCGACCAUUGGAUCUUCCGAAGCUAUCAUGCUGGGAACAUUGGCUAUGAAGAAACGGUGGCAAAACAAGCGCAAGGCUGAAGGGAAGGAUGCCUCGCGUCCAAAUAUCGUUAUGAACAGUGCCGUGCAGGUCUGCUGGGAGAAGGCUGCUCGCUAUUUCGAUAUCGAGGAGAAAUACGUCUACUGCACCGAGGAUCGCUAUGUCAUCGACCCCAAGCAGGCGGUCGAUCUGGUGGACGAGAACACGAUUGGUAUCUGCGCCAUUCUGGGUACCACUUACACUGGUGAAUAUGAGGAUAUCAAGGCGAUCAACGACCUGUUGAUCGAACGCAACAUUGACUGUCCGAUCCACGUCGACGCGGCCAGCGGUGGUUUUGUCGUACCUUUCAUUAACCCCGACCUCCUAUGGGACUUCCGCUUGGAGAAGGUAGUUUCGAUCAACGUCUCUGGCCACAAGUACGGCCUGGUCUACCCAGGUGUUGGCUGGGUCAUGUGGCGGUCUCCAGAGUUCCUACCAAAGGAAUUGGUGUUCAACAUCAACUACCUGGGAGCUGACCAAGCCAGCUUUACCCUGAAUUUCUCCAAGGGGGCAUCUCAUGUUAUUGGCCAAUACUACCAGUUGAUUCGCCUGGGUAAAAGCGGAUACCGCGCAAUAAUGUCCAAUCUGAUCCGCAUCGCCGACUACAUGACCUCUGAGCUUGAGAAGAUGGGAAUGGUCAUUAUGAGCCAGAGGGCCGGCCGUGGCCUGCCGCUAGUGGCCUGGCGCCUCCCAUCAAGCGAGGAUCGCGUGUACGACGAGUUUGCGGUAGCCCACCAGCUACGCGAGCGCGGCUGGAUUGUGCCUGCAUACACCAUGGCACCUAAUACCGAGCACAUGAAGAUGAUGCGCAUUGUGAUUCGCGAGGAUUUCAGCAUGAACCGAUGCGAUAGUCUGCUCCAGGAUUACAAACUUGCUAUCCAGACCUUGCAAUCUAUGGACAACACUAUGUUUGAAAGAUACGAGGCACACAUGAAGAGCAGCCGUGAUCAGCCUCGAAACACGUCACGUACUCACUCCAUUUACAAAGACGAGAAGCACUCGCUGCAGGGAAAGACUGGAAAGACGCAUGGCGUGUGUUGA